UUUUCAGUUCAUCGAAACAUGAUUUACAGAAUUGUAUUUUUUGUUGUUUUGUUUCCUGCGUUAAUGGAAUGUUAUCGGAGCCAUCAUUCAGAUGAUAUUGUUUAUUAUCCCGAUAGCUAUGAAUCGGAAAUCCGAUAUAUUCCUGGACCACCAGGAAAACCAGGACCACCAGGAAGGGCAGGAAACUAUGGGCAACCAGGUUCUCAAGGGCCAAUCGGACCACCGGGAUCGUCUUCGUGCAAUUAUGAAUGUCCACCCGGAUAUUAUAGCACUUCGCGAAAUAACGCGGGAAUCGAACAUGCGUGGUGUAUAAAAAUGAGAUCAACAGCAAAAACCUUUAAUUCAAAUCUUUUUGUGAACUUGGAUAUUGAGUGCAAAAAAGAAGGAGAUGUCCUCACAGGAUUCCAGAAUUAUACAGAGUUUAAGGCUGUUUACGAUAAGUUCAAGUCAUCCUUGUCAUCUGUUAUAAAUGUUAACAAAAUGCCAAUGAUACUAAUUGGAGCUAGAAGAAAAGACGAGUGUACGAAAAUAAGACAACCAGAGUGCACUAGUAUCAAUGGUAAUCAAUGGACUGAUGGUGUAACAAACGGGAAAAACUUUUUUGAAAGCCCAGGAUUCUUUGCGCAACAACAGCCUAGCCCAGGAUCUGGAACAAAAAUGUGUUUUGGCAUUUGGACAGCAACUAAGAAACUGUAUUCAUACAAAUGUACUGAAUCUGACACCAACAAACCAGCAAAACUCAUAAUGUGCGGAAAGCCUGCUCCUUGUGUUUUCUAGCUGUGUUAAUUCUUGAAAACUGAAGUUUAUGAAUAAAUUAUUUCUGCAAC